AUGCAUUCAAAGGAGUGGUGUCACUCGUCCUCGGGACCUGCAGCGCAAUCGGUGGAGGUUGAUAUGCACCAAGAGCAGGCCGGAAGUGGGAUGCCGGAACAGGAGGUCGUGUCCUAUGGUUGCGACAUCGCUUCUGGCCUGGCCUACCUGCAUGGCCUCCGCCCGAAGAUCCUGCAUCGGGAUGUGAAGCCGGCCAACAUCCUCCUCUUCCAUGGCCAGGCUGAGCUCCCCUCCGCCAAGCUCGCCGAUUUCGGCAUUGCCAAAAUCCUCGAGAUGGAAACAUCGCUGGCUGGCGCAGCGACGGUCAUCGGCACUCCGCACUACUUCUCUCCCGAGCUCUGCCGUGGGGAGCAGUACGAUGAGCGUGCCGACUCCUGGGCACUAGGCUGCAUUCUCUACGAAAUGCUAUGCCUUCAUCGUCCGUUCCAUGAGGCGGAAGGCAACCUCGCGUUGCUGGCCGUUCGAAUCUCGGAAGGGAAGCUCGAUCGUGCUGCACUGGAGAAGCAGGCUGAACACUACAAUGGCCGCUUGAUCUUGGUGCUGACUGGUCUACUUUGCCCUCAGCAAGAUCAGAGGAGCCGCGCUGCCGAGAUCCUUCAGUCGUUGUACCGACUGCAGGAGAAGAUGAGUUCGUCUGCCUCCACGUCGUUGCCUCCCUCCACAGAGUGGUGGCGGACGCGGCGACUGUCGGAGGACAUGAUGGACACCGCAGACAAGGAGGUCCUCGAGGAAACGUCCUUCGAGGGCAGCCCUGUGGACUCUUGGCGUGAGGCAACCAUGGCACAGUUGGAAGGCCUCUUCUCGCAGUUGCCGGAGCUGAGAGCGACACGCCUGGACUUCGAGGCAACGCUCGGUGCCACGACGCCCCCGCCUGCAACCAAGGAUUUUGGUUCCGGUGAGCACUGUGCCGAACAUCCGGCUUUUGGCACUCUCGGGACGCCACUCUCCUCACCGCAUUUAAGUCCUGGCAGCUUCACGACGUCGGAUCCGACGCCGCUCAGGGCCCGGGUUCCUUGCCCCUCCGAGCCAGCCACGGAAGUGCUGUCUGAUGCCACCUUCCCUGCGGCCGGCGGUUCCCCGGCACCCUGCGCUCGGGCGGCCUGGGCCUUCGACCAGCCCGAGCCCGAGGACCCGCUCCCUGGGAUCCACCCGGGCCUCUCGGCAGAGUGCAAGUGGAUCGAAACCACAGUGGAGAGUUUGAGACUGUGUGCGACACUGGUGCACCUCCGCGAGGACCUCCAUGGGCAUGGGAACGACAACAGAACGUCGCUGCACGAUGCAAUGGCAGGGACGUCCGAUGCCGAGGAAAAUGUCCGCUCCCGGCAUCAGGCGGGUGGCCCCCAGCUCCUCGGAGGCCUGCCCAGACUGCCUGUCUCCGAUUGCCGGCUUCUGCCGGAACCAGUCGAAGCGGCGCAGAAAUGUUCCUCCCCGCUUCCCAUCUCAUCGCUGUCCAGCCCACAGGGCUUUGACGUCUUCAUGGAUCGCGGCCGUCUUAUCGAAAUCGAAGCCCCGGCGGAGGAGAAGGAUGCGAGCAAGCUGCAAAGGACGCUGCCUGUAGCCAAGUGGAAUGGUGUCUAUGCGGCCCAAUGUGGUUUGCCGGCCGACUUCCUGGAUACUGUGGAAUCCUCCGGAUCAGACAAGGCUGUGGUUAGUGGCCUCGUUGCCAUGUAUACGUUUCUUGGCUCCUUGCUCUCCAUGACCAUUGUUAUCCUCACCAGAAACAUGCCGAUCCAGAUACACUACCUGAUCUACGUCGCCACCAUUCUGGUGGUGUCGAUGCUUGUGUGCUACUGUGCGACGGAAGCCUCCUCGCUGAACAGCACUCCUGGGUCUCUGAGCCUAGCAGACAUCAGGAGGACCUACCUCAUAGACCCCUCAAAGGAUGCCGACUUUGCCUGGGUAUGUGCCGGGCGCAUGUGCUACUAUGUCUCAACAUCGGUGGCCGCCUUCAUGUACUACUACUUUCGGGACAUGAUGCACGUGGAGACUGAGUCCAGAAGACGAAUGGUAAUCGGCCUCCUCGCCAUUGUCAUGCAGUGCGUCGGUAUGCUGGCAGCCGUUCCCUUAGGACGACUUUCCAACCGAUGGGGUCGGAGAUUCGGCUGUCAAUGA